CACUCGCUGCCUUUCCGAGUUCAUCAGUGGCUAUUUACCUCAAUUUUUAGAAGCUCACAGCUAGCUAGCCCUCAGUCUGCUAGCGAGUGCCGGCUGAAGAGUGAUAGCGAGCUAGUGUAGUACGAGGGUGAAGCUGAAUCUGGAAAGACUUUGUGCAUGUGUACGAGUAGCUACAUUGUAGCUGUUCUGCUGUUGGCAUCGCAUUUGUACAAAAUAUUUUCAACGAAACAACUUUUCCAUGAUCCAUGUGGAAUAUUGUGUUUCCAAAUGUUCAACAGUCAAUCCCAAGUACCAGUACAGUAGACUCUUGGUAGUAGUUCUAGUACUGCAGUACUACCCUAUACUUAUAUGUUCUGUCGUGUGUGUCACUCACUGUCUUUGCCCGCAAGUAGUUCAGUUUGGUCUGGCAGUGUAUUGCACAGCAUAAUUAUAGUAACGCCAAGCUUCAAUUCGCUUCUCAAAUCAAACUGGAUACCUUGGAAUCGGCUUCGGGAGAGGCAUUUUGCCUGAUUGGCAUGUCCCAAGACCAUGGCGACGCCUAUCUUCCGACUACACACGAAUCCACGAUCCAGGAGAGGGACAGCAUGGGCUUGCUCCUCGAUGGGAAUGAGGGCGAGGACUGCACACAAGAUAGUUAUUCGUGUGUAAGCCCUGCGCAACAAAGCCUGCCUGAGUCGAAUGUGGAUGGAGAGUCAAAUGAUGAAGACUCCACUGCCUCCAGUGAAGCAGAGACAGUGUUUGAUUGCUUAGGCUUGAGCCUGAGUGGAAACACCAAGUUUGGCAUUGGCGUGCUCUUGCUCAUUGGAGUUGAUGUGAUCUGGGUGGCAUCGGCAGCAGCGACAAAGUAUCUCUACGAUGAAGAUAAUUACAAGAAGCCCCUGUUCACCUUGUACUUCAAGACAGCACUGUUUGCCAUCUACUUGCUCGGAAUACCACUCAUCCCGAGCUGGAGAGAGCUUGCGAGUCGCUCUGCGUGGCGUCCCGUCGACGAUGUGGAGGCAGCUGAAGGCACUGAUGAUGGAAAUCAAGAGAGUGUUGAUGUACACGCUGGAAAUAACAGUCAUAAUAUGAUAGAUUAUGGCGAUGACGUCGAUGAUGACGUGUUCACGGACAUGUCCAGCUCUUAUCGAACCCACUCUGGCAAUGGCAAUGCCACGGCCAUGUCUCAGCCCGUCUCACCUCUCGUGGCACUGUCACCUGACAGCUUUGAUGCUGAUGCUGAUGCUCCUCUUUUAGCCAGCGGCAAUCACAGCGAUGACGAUACUAGCCUGCCAUCGCCGUCAUCAUCAUUAUCAUCAUCACCUGGCUUCAGUCACACUCACCCCUCUGCUUCCUCUGUGCGCUCCAGGCAGCAGGGGCGUUCUAUUGGACUUCCGCCCAUACUGUCAGAAGUCGGAGAGGACGGCUCUCUUGCUAGAGAUGCUGACGGUCGGCUUGCGGGUGCAUCAGGCAUGUCCGUCAACCCCAGCCCAUGCUCCCACGAAGGACUCCUGCUAAGGGAUGACGCCAUGCACUCAGCGUCUUCCGUUGACAACGUUAGACGGCAAAACUUUGAGAAUGGCCGAUCGCUCACGAAGACCAUGUCCCUUGUGAGCACUGGUAGCAUUGCCUCUCUCAGGUCCUGCUUGAAGAGAUCGCAUAGUGGCAGCAGUUUAGUUGAAGUUCCACCACUGCCAUCUCAAGGCAGCCGACCACAGCUAGCUCGUGGUCGUUACAGUCCGAUUACGUUGCGGCGAGUGUGUGAGCGGGAGGAACGAGAUGCCGACCACGAUGAGCACGAUGGAGAGAUUGUUGAGGAACACCCCGCUGCCGGGCAAGUGAUCAAGGCCAGGUGUAGCAGCAAAGUUCAUUUCAACAUUUCACGUGAAGUACGGGUGUUGCCAGGUGAAGAAUAUCAAGAUGCGAAUUACGCCCGUCGCUCGUUUAAUCAGGCAAGCGAAUUGCGUGCGUCUGCCAAGCGCAGAGCAAUGCGCCUGGGACUAAAGGAAACUGCUCGCUUGGCGUUCAUAUUUCUCUUUCUUUGGUUUAUAGCUAACUAUUUCUAUCAAUUGGCAUUUGUCAAGACGUCAGUUGCAACGGUCAACAUUCUCAGCUCAACUUCCUCUUUGUUUGUUCUGGUGCUGGGAGCGUUUCUGUCAGCGGACAGCGCUGAUCGUUUCAACCCAAGCAAGUUGUUUAUUGUCUUCAUUUGUUGUGCUGGAGUUGCGCUGGUGGGUUACAGUGAUUCGGCGGCCAAGGCCUCUAAGUCUGACAAAGGUGUCACUCUGGACUUAGGUGUACUCUACAGUCUCAUUGGAGCACUAUUCUAUGCAACCUACGUCGUUUUGCUGAAGCGGUAUGUGAAGGACCUCAAUCGUCUUGUCGUCCCUCUCUUCUUUGGUUUUGUGGGUAUGUGGUGUGUGGUGUUGCUCUGGCCUAUGCUGCUCAUCUUCAACUACACGGGCGUGGAGAAGUUUGAGCUACCAAACCAAGUGCAUGGCAACGGCACUGAGUACAUCUGGGAAGUGCUGGUUAUCAAUGGCCUCGUCGGUACAGUUCUAUCUGAAGUCCUGUGGCUUGUUGGUGUAUUCCUGACGUCGGCAUUGGUUGGAACACUGGCACUAGUACUAGUCAACCCACUCAGCCUGCUCUAUAGCAUCAUAGGCACAGGACUCAAAGUUGACAAGAUGUACAUCGCUGGCUCACUACUUGUAACCUUGGCAUUCGUGUUGGUGUCGGUCAGCGGGGCAAGGAAUUCUGAUCCCGUUGGCAACGUGCUGAAAGGCUGCUGGCAGGUGUCCAUGCGUACGUGGCGUGUGACCAAGAGGAGAUUGGCACGGACGUCCAGUUCACUGUACUUUCACAAUGGAGCAAGCUAACAGUAACGUAACCACCUACCGGCAGCCACUGUGUCAAGAAGAGAGAAACAACAAGCCAUGUCCGUCCCUUCACAUCCUGAACGUCACACUUCCUCCUUUAUUUUUAUUGGCAUGUACACAUUUGACGAACAAACCCUACUACGCUCCAAAAGCUACUUGUACUUAUUGUAGAUAGAAGAAUUGUUGUUGCAGGUCAACACCAAUUUCCGUUUGUGCUGUCGGUAUCUCUCGUAGUUUCUUUUGUCAACUAACAAGCAAAAACACACUACUCAAUUUUCGUACUUUUUAAAGCGUCAUUCCUGCUGCCCCUUUCCUGGCCCUUUAGUUGGACCCAUCAUUGUGAAUCUUAUCCAAUGUUGUUAUUGCUUACUGUAUUAUACACUACUGUAUUACCGUAUUAAACGUUGAUUAUAAUUAU